AAAUCAGUUGUUGGAAAAAUGGCUGACGGGUGUUAAAUUUUUUUCGUAUCAAGUGUUUAAUUAAUAACUAUUUUAAAUAUAGAUUAAUUAAAAUUAUCUCAAACAAGUUAAACAAAUGUAAUAUUUUGUGGUUUUUACAAAAACAUUCAAGAUUUUCAUAAAAUUUUCAUGUGAAAAGAUUUCACGUGCAAACAAUUCAUCCCCAUAAAGUAAUCAAUUUAUAAUAAAAUAUCAUGAUGAAUAACCAAUAUAAUACCGCAAAUAUUACGGCACAACAUGGCUUACAAAUGGCACAGCAUGUCACCACCUCACCGCCACAAGCAGCCGUUCUUAAUACAUUCCUCAAUGCACAACAGCAACAACAACAGCAGCAACAAUUGGCUGCAGCCGUAGCAGCUGGGGCUAUUUAUGGCGAUCCUCGGCAAUUGCAAAUAAAUUCAAAUACUUUGGAUAAAAAUUUUUAUACUACCACAGCGGCUGCCACAUUAGGAGCUUUAGGAACGCCACAACGUUUCUAUACCACAGCUGGAGCACCGGCAGCAGCCGCAGGAGCCACAAAUCCAACGGCCGCACAUCAUCCCAACACAAUUUUAAUAACAAACAAUUUUGCCCAUCAACAAGCAGGAGCAGCAUCAUCAUUGAGCCCUGAGCAACAGCGCAAUAUAAGAAUUGUUACCUCUACCUCCAAUCCAUUAAAUGCUGCAAAUAGUGGUAGUAUGGCAACCACGGCAAGUGGCUUUCAACAUGCUCAACAUGUUUUCAGUUUGAACAAUAACAAACAAUUGCAACAUUUGUUUCCACAACAUUUAUUGCAUCAAUCGAAUUUCCAGCCAGCCACAACAACAGAACUGUUGCAACAACAUUUUGCUUCGCAACAUUUUCCAGCAUCAGCAGCACCACAACAACAGCAGCAGCAACAAAAUCCACAUUCUGCGGCCUCGACCAUACAAAUGUCACAAUUCUAUGUGUCACCGGAAAACUCCAUAACCGGACCACUCAAUACAAAUCCCAAAAUAAUAACAAAUAUACCCUCGAAUAGUGCUAACACUGGUGUAAGCAAUACCGCCUCGGCACCUUUAGUAGCAGGCAAUGGCAACAAUCCCAACACCACCUCCACUGUCGUAUUGGAUCGCAUAAAUAUUUGCAUUAAUAACUUAUACACCGAUACUUCAUCCUCUUCUUCGGCAUCCAAUUCACUGGCGUCUACACCAGCCCAACAGCCUUCGCCUAUAAUACCAGCCAUACAACAUAAGCCGAUUAUAGAAAAUGGUCCAGCUUUGCCUUUGGCCGAUAUCUAUGAAUCAAAUGUUUUAGUAAUAGACGAACCAGAUUCGACUACCACUGCUACUACACCGCAUACACCACCCACAACGCCUGAAAAUACACCUCCUUCUAUGCCAAAUACAGGAAACAACAAUAAUAAUAAUAUUAUCUCCACUACUAGUUCCAUUAAUAGUCCUAGUACAUCAUGUAAUUAUCAAAAACUGGAUAAAUCAAAUGCCAUAACAACAACAAAACAAAGUUUUGCAUCGGCCGCACAAAAUAUUGAAAAAGCAGCACAAGAUUCCACAACAGACACUAGUAAAAUUUCCCAAUCGAAUAGUUUAGUACAACAGCCACAAACAACAACAACCUCCAAUACCCCCUUAACACCGCCUACACCACCCUCACCCGAAAUGAGUAACCAAAAUAAGGAAUAUUUAAAUGAAACUAAACAAUCUCCUUCUGCUACCAUAACAGCUCCUCCUCCACCUUUAUUUGCCAAUGGCGAAGAUGUUUUUAUAAAACGACACGAUGAUCGUUUCUAUCUGGGCACAGUUAUUGAUACCGCACGCAAUCAAUUCCUAGUGCGUUUUGAUGAUAAAACCGAAGUGUGGUGUGAGGCCGACGAAAUGCGUAAAUUGGGUGGCUCUACUAACAACAAUAAUUCCACAAACGAGGAUAAAUCUGUGGAUCAGCCCAUGUGUGUUGCCUGCAAACGUUUACGUCCCGAUUCCCAAGUGGAGAUUUGUGAACGUUGUGGUAGAGGUUAUCAUCGCAAAUGUACCUCUGAGACAGCACCGGGUAGUGAUAUUUGGCUGUGUAAACGAUGUGCUAAACCCAUGAAAUUAGAUGAUUCUUCAAAAUUCAGUUCUACCGAAGAAGAAACUGAAGUUGAAACUUGUCUGCAAUUGCAUUACAAUAUUGAAUCUCUUACAUGGGAUGUUAAACAUCGUUCAAAUGAGGAACAAAUCUAUUGUUAUUGUGGCAAAACGGGUAAAUUCGACAAUAACAUGUUGCAGUGUUGGCGUUGUUUGAACUGGUACCACAGUCAUUGUACACAAAAGUUUAAAAGUCAACUGGUGAGGGGAGAUUGCUUUUUUGUAUUCUGCUGUUCUGUUUGCAAUGAGGGCGAUGAGUAUUUAAGACGUCUUCAAGCCAGUUGGGUGGAUUUAGUACAUUUGGUGUUAUACAAUCUUUCGAUUUUGAAAAAGCAUCAUAAAACUCAUCAUUUGCUAAAGGAUAUAAAUCCUUUUGUUUUAGAAAAAAGAAAACUAUUACCCAUACCAAAAGAGUGGAUCUCAAUGCCAGAGAAGGAAUUUUUGGAUAAAAUCAAAUCUACCCUCAAUGAAAAUUCGCAGCUCUUCAUGAGUGGCAAAGAAAUAAAGCGAGAUGUGAAUAGUUUUGCUUUGCGUUCCCUGCAGCCACCAGAAAUCAAGAAAUUUCCCAUUAAAUCAAUAGAUACAUUUAAUGAUGAUUUUGUUUUUAAUAAUUUGAAACUAAAACUUUUAAAUGAUGCUCCUGAAAAUAUUGGUUUCAAAUUCUUAAACUCGAAUUGCCGACAACAAAUAGAAAAUACUCCCACUUCAAAAAGAAAACUAAAUGAAGACUCUAGUUCACAUGAUGUUUAUGAGUUCGAUGAUACCUCAGAUGAUGAAAUACCCAUUAAACGUAUAUUGGAUAAAGUUAAAAGAACUAAAUUAUCACCACAAACAGAGGCACAAACAGCACGUGACAUGGAACCAAAAACGCCCUGUAGCACAAAGAAAGUAACCACUGUUAGUACGUUGGAAAAGAUGGAUGUAGAAGAUGACAAUGCAAAUGAUGCAGUGCCUGAGUCAGAAGCAUAUACCUUAACUACGCCAAAAUCUAAAAAGGAGCAAUCCCCUAAAAAAGAAACAAAAACCAUCAGUCCCCAUAAAUCUCCCAAAUCCAAGGAGCCAACAUCCGCAUUAACUGUUGCUGUUGACAAAAUAAAAUCUGAAAAAAGUUCACGCAAACGUAAAGCUUUUACUUUAUCCAAAAGCUAUACCGCACCACGUUUAAUCGAUUCCUCAUCUGAUGAAAAUUCCAGCAGCAGUUCCCGUGGCACUUCAUUAGAUUUGAUAAUACCGCCACCUAAAAACUUUCUGGGACAAAAUAAUCCUUUUAGAAUAAUAUCGCCCAAAAAGAAUGAUAACUCCACAACAUCUAGUGGAAAAAAAUCCGUAAGCUUUGGUAUAUUCAAUACUACGGCAUUGAAUUUUAGUUCAAAAUUAGCUGCCCUUAAGAGUGCAGGUUUGUUUCCCAAAUUAAGUACAAGCAAUCUGGCCAAAGCUGCCGGUCAGCCAAGGACAGUACGCACUAUUAAGCGAAGACUGAGUGCCAAAGAUAUAACAAUCGGCCCAAAUAAAGAAGUGCGCAGAAGACGUACCAGAAGACUCUCAUCGAACAUAGAAGUUAUAAGUACAACUACCAUUAAUCCCAUUCCUACAAACUUUUUCCCCAUACAAGCCAAAGAUUUAUUAGCAGCUGCAGCAGCUUCUACCACUACUGCCGCCUCUCUAUUUACUAACACAACAACUAAAACAUCGCCAACGACCUCGUCAUCAAAUAAUAAUAAUAACAAUAGCAUUAGCACAUCUCUAAACACUUCUCCAAAUAUAGAUACAAGCAAUGUGGAAAAUACAAAUGUUCCACUGCCACCACAUGGUCGUCGUUUAAGACAAAGACCCCAAAAAAAUUCACCCAAUGCCAGCAGACGCAGUUCAGUUUCCUCUAAUCAAUCUUCAACCUCAUCAGUUUCGGCCGCUGCUGCAGCAGCAGUUAAUAACCAAACCUCACAACCUCCUCCUCAGCCGUCUCAUGAAGAUUUGAAGCAAACUGUUAAUAAAUACUUUGGUAUUGUCAAUCGCAUCGAAUCGGGAGAACAAUUCUCUAUACGUGCCAAACGUCAAUUAGCCAAUGGACAAAUGCAGUAUUUAAUAGAAUGGGGAGAAGCGCCAAAUGUUACAACAGCAACAACAAUAACACCCACAGUUACAACUCAAACUCUAGCAGCGGAGGAAUUACCAUUAAAAGCAACUGCUGAUGACACAACCAAUAGCCAGCUAAUGGAAGUCACAACUACAACUAACACUACCACUUAAGUUUAUAAGCAGUAGGAAGGAGUAUUAUAUUAGCUGAUACAGGAUUAAAAAGGUUGUGCAUGUUUUCAAUUUGAUAUUUUAAUAUUCUUUUACUUUUGGACCUUUGAACCUUUGGUGGUAAGUGAUUUUUAUUAUUUAGUUAAAGUUAUUUUAUUGUAACAUGUUGGGCAUUAAAAAAUCUACAAAUUGUUAUUGAUUUGGCAAAUGACUGCAAAAUUUUGGAAUCUACUUGUUAAAAAUUAUUUUUAGCUUUAUAUAAACAAAUGUGUAUGAAUUUCUUUGAUUUUGUUUAAAAAAUUUCUUGCUAAAACUAGUUAAAACAUUGUGAAAUUAAUAAAAAACAAAAUUAUUAGAAACAGAAAUGAAAAUAAACCCUAAUUGCGAGAGCAAGUUUUAUUUUUUCAUUAAAAAGACUUUUUUUAGAAUAAGUUCUGCAGAAUUCACUUUAUUAUUUCAUACAGCAGAGCAGCAGUAUUGGAACUUUAUACAAAAUGAAAAACAAAAAUUGCAACAAAUCUCACUGCCAAACCUUAAAUAGUAUUUUGAUUUUGCUUUUUCCUAAAAAGAAAACCUUAAAGGAUUUAAUUGUUAAAAGAAAGAAAAAAAAACAAUAAAUAAUUUAAAUUAAAUUAAACGUAUUACAGGAUUAUUAGUGUGCAAUGGCAGAAUUAUUAUAUUAUUAUUAAACUAAACAUGUAUUUAUUUUAUAAUUUUCCAAAACAUUUCACAUGCAUAGUAGUUAUUAUUAUUAAUAUUAAACUUAACAUAUAACGUAUAUUAAUGUUUUAUUUACUUUAUGAUAUCAUUAAAAAAAAA